UUUGGACCAUCUGCGAGAAAUAAAGAAAGAAAGUGGUGUGCGCCUCUCCUUCAUAACUCCAACAACUUCAUUCUUCCAAAACAAUGGAUUCUUCUUCUCCCUGGCCACAGCCACAGGUUGUGGCCAAAAGAAGCAUGGAGGAGGAGUCAGAGGAAGAGGGGAAAAGGGCAGUUUUGGAAAGAAAAUUAGCAAAGGUUUUAAACUGCCCGAGAUGCAACUCCAACAACACAAAGUUCUGCUAUUACAACAAUUACAGCCUGUCUCAGCCAAGAUACUUCUGCAAGUCUUGUAGGAGAUAUUGGACAGCUGGUGGGUCUCUCAGAAAUAUUCCAGUGGGUGGUGCCUCCAGGAAGAACAAAAGGCCUGCACCUAAUUUCUCAUCACCAUUGAAGAACAAGACUAAUCACCCCACGGCCAUUAUUAAUGAUCAUAAUAAUAAAACUUCUUCUUCUUCUUCUUCUCCUUCUUCUACUUCUUCUUCUUGUGGUUGGUUGUUAUCUGAUCGUGUGGAGCUGAUUCCUUUCAUGCCCAUGCCUGCUGCUGCUCCACAGCCCAGUUCCCUGUGCAGCACUGCAGCUGAUUAUAACCCUUCAAGGAAUAAUACUAUGAAUGGGUUUGAUGACGAUGAAGGUGGAUCAGCUGAUGAGCAGGCCGCAAGGAGUUUGUUUAGUGUGGAGGAGUUGAAGCAACUUCCAGUUCCAACCAUUAUCAACGAUCAGAAUGGAGGGAAAUUGGGGGAUGUGGCUGGUUUUUGGAAUGGGAUUUUUGGGGGUGCCACAGGCUCAUGGCCAUGACCAAACACAAACUAAGAAGGUGAAUAUAUAUGUAAAAUUGGGUGAUUUCAUAAUCUCACAUUAUAUUUUUAGUCAAAAACCAAGUGAAUUUUCUUUGUUUUUAAGAUGAAAAAAAAAAACUGAAAUGGGUCGCUAAAAUUCUAAAAACUGAAAUGGGUCAGUUUUUAAAUUUCAUGUUCUGAUUUUCAAUAGACGGGAGAUGCACAUAUGGUUAGCUCAAUUUCUUGUUGUUCCUCCUUGAUUAUGUGUUGUAUUUGUGUUUUGGGAUCUUUGUUUCUAUAUUGGUACCUUGGAGCUUCAUUUUCACUUGGAUUGAAGGGAUUGCUAUACAAAAACAGUUGAAUUUGUAGGGGAAAAAGGCAAAGUAAAAGGAGAAAAUCCUCCUACUAAUUAAUUAUGUACUUUUGCUCUCUA